UAUAACCAUGUGAUUACUCGAACAUUUUAUAUGUUGAUAAAUAAAUGUCGAUAUUUUGAGUAGCAGCGACCAGUCCACCGGCAACAUGGCAGCGAUGGUAGUGUCUCGUUCUUCUUCCUCCCUCUUCUCCGCCCUUCACAAUGGUGGAGUACGGACACUGGUCACCUCUUCCCCCCAGUUGGCAGCAGUAGCAGGUGUCCAGGCAAAGACCAAGGCCACACUGGGAAAGCCAGGCAUGAAGAACAUUGUGUUGGUAGAGGGAGUGAGGACACCCUUCCUUAUGUCUGGCACACAAUACCAGAAGCUGAUGCCCCACGACUUGGCACGGCAGGCACUCACAGGCUUGGUUGGAAAGAUGGGGCUGGACAAGAGUGUGGUGGACUACAUUGUGAUGGGCACUGUCAUUCAGGAGGUGAAGACAUCAAAUGUGGCCCGGGAGGCAGCCUUGGGAGCGGGAUUUUCAGACAAGACUCCAGCCCACACUGUUACCAUGGCCUGCAUAUCUGCCAACCAGGCCAUCACCACCUGUGCAGGACUGAUGCACGCAGGAGUGUAUGAUGCCUGCAUUGCCGGUGGAGUGGAGUUCAUGUCAGAUGUCCCUAUUCGUCACUCACGGAAAAUGAGAGAACUUAUGCUGAAACUCAACAAGGCAAAAACUACAGGUGCUCGGCUGAGUCUGCUCUCCCAGCUGUCCAUGAAGCACCUAAUGCCUGAGCUGCCAGCCGUUGCUGAGUUUUCCACCAACGAGACCAUGGGACAUUCUGCUGACCGCCUUUCUGCUGCAUUUAAGGUGUCUCGGGAGGAGCAAGAUAACUUUGCAUUGCGGUCCCAUACAUUAGCCCACAAGGCCCAGGAGGCUGGCCAUCUCUCUGAUGUGGUGGCCUUCAAGGUGCCAGGAGUGGACCAGACUGUAGAGAAAGACAAUGGCAUCAGGGUGUCCACAUUGGAACAGAUGGCCAAGCUGAGGCCAGCCUUUGUAAAACCUUAUGGCACCAUCACUGCUGCCAAUGCCUCUUAUCUGACUGAUGGAGCUUCAGCCUGCUUGCUGUGUACAGAGGAGAAGGCCAAGGAGAUGGGAUGGAAGCCCAAGGCUUACGUCAGGGACUUCACCUAUGUCUCCCAGGAUCCUAAGGACCAGCUGCUACUUGGCCCCUCCUAUGCAACCCCAAAGGUUUUGGAGAAAGCAGGAUUGAAAAACUCUGACAUUGAUGUUUGGGAGAUUCAUGAAGCCUUUGCUGGACAAAUUUUGGCAAACAUGAAAGCCAUGGAUUCAGACUGGUUUGGCAAAACUUACCAGGGAAGAUCAGGGAAGGUUGGUGCUCCUGACAUGGACAAGAUGAACACAUGGGGUGGCUCUCUCUCCAUUGGUCACCCAUUUGGUGCUACAGGUGUGCGGCUGUUGAUGCACGCUGCCCACCGCCUUAUCAAAGAGGAUGGACAAUAUGCCUGCAUCACUGCAUGUGCUGCUGGUGGACAGGGUGUUGGUAUGAUAGUUGAGAGGUACCCUGGGGCAACAAUGUAGUGCUUCCCCACCCCUCUCACUGUAUUCUGGAGCUGCCUUACACAAGCCUCAGCUGCCCUGGGUCAAUAGUAGGUCUAAGGAACUGCACUGAUCAAUGCAAUAUUCAUAGUGUAAUUAUUUUCCAUAUAUCAUAUGCUUGUAAAUACCAGUGUGUUCAUGAAGGGUCUGGGAGUUCUCCAUUAUGUCAUUAAUCCAUUUCACAAAUUUCCAGCAUAAUGUAAAGAAGACAAACUUUAUUCCUGUUGGUUUAAAAGUAUAUUUUAAUGGCAAAUAUGUAAUUUCCCUGCUCAAAUUUUCUAUCUGAAAGUAUAGAAAAACUUUAUUUGAUCUUCAUAGGAAACCAAUUUCCUGGUACACACACCUUAUUUUCCUUCUGAUGAGAAAAUUUAUUUGGUCUCUCACUUCCUCCUAUUUCAUUUACUUUUUUCUUAUUCCAAGUAUAAUUCCAAGAAAUUCUCUCUCUCUCUCUCUCUCUCUCUCUCUCUCUCUCUCUCUCUCUCUCUCUCUCUCUCUCUCUCAUAUUGUAAUACCAGUAAGAAUAAAUUUAGUUUGUCUUUGCCAAUGAUUGUUGGAGGUAAAGAGUGGUAUCUGAAUUGUUUGUAGAUGAUACUGCACUGAUGGUUUAUAAAGAGAGAGAGAGGGGGAGAUAGUAAGAAGAAUUGGAAAGAGUGAAUAAAAGGAGAAAAUUAGGUGUGAAAGAAAAAAAAGAGAAAUUAAGUAUGAGGAUGUAAGAUGGUAGGAUAAAUCCAUAUGUGAAUGGUGCUUGGAGAGAUGGCACAUUAGCAGUAUUUAGGGUCACAUGUUGUUAUGAAUGGAGGAAGGAAGGAAGGGUUUAACUGUAGAUCACUUCAGUGUGGUGGGCUUGAGAAACCCAGUGAGUAUGUGGGGUAAUGUAUUUGACAAAUAUUGAAGUUUUAGAGAUGCAUUUACACAUGGGAUAAAUACAGUGUAGAACAACUGCUGGACGACAGAGGGAUAUCUUUGGUUAUAUUGAGACUGUAAUGAAUGCGUCUUAACUGCGUUGCCCCCACACAUAACUUGCCUGUUUGUCUUCCUGAAAAUUGCCAAUUAGGAUUAAGUUCAAAGACCUGUCCACACUGUUGGGCAGUGCUUGAUAGGCAAGUGCUGUUAUCAUGCCCCAUUCCAAAAAUGCAAGCUGAGAAGAGAAGUGGCAGGCACAAAGAUGACAUCAGAAGUAGGGAAGUGACAGGCAAAUAUGAGCAAGCAGCUGUCUGUGAGGGCAGUUGAGUGAAACACUAUAAACUGUUCUCUCUGGUUGGUGUAAUAUUGGUUUUAAUCAUCAGUAUCCUUUAAACAAUCACUCACUAAGUAAUUGUUUUUGAGAACUGCACAUAUGGGUUGGUAUAUUUCGGUAUAAUGAGACAAGCUCUGCUCCAAUAUUCUCAUGGUAUUCUGCAACACUGCAUAUAAGCAUCCUGAUGUUAAGAACCCGAGUGUUGUUUUGAUAAAGGCUCUGCACACACAUACCUACCUUAAGUGUGUAUCCUACUUUGUUAGGUAUGUUCCACUUUAGCAAGGAGUGUAUAGAAACUGUUUACAUCCAUUCUGAACUGCCAGACCACCUCUUGAGUGGUGUGAAGUAGCAUACUAAAUGCAGACUUUGUCUGGUAAGGGCAGAGAAACAGGCUCUCUAAUAGAGUAAGAUUUUCACCUUUCCCUUACCUGGUAACACUGCUUCAGAGGCAAGAGGAACACAUUCAUAUAGUGUGGAUAGGCCCAAAGUUUAUAUUUACUUUUAUAUAAUAUAUCCACAGCAACAUGCAGCCCUAAAUAAUGUUUCAUCAGAGACCAGCAGUGUGCAGUAAGCUUGACACUCCUUUUGUGUUGUAGAUUUGACAUAUGAUGGAGAAUAGUAGCAUUUAGUGUAUGUGGUAUACUGAACAAUUUUAUGAUUAGUAUGGAGCAACAGGAAGCAUUAAAGUACUAUUAUAUGCAAUGGGGAAGCUUGUGUAUUUUCUCCUUGAUCCAGGUCCUUCCUACACAUCCAGAAGUCAACUGGACAAAAGCCUUCCUUCUUCAGUUGUAUGUAUGUGUGUAAAAGAGAGAGAGAGAGAGAGAGAGAGAGAGAGAGAGAGAGAGAGAGAGAGAGAGAGAGAGAGAGCUUGCAUGUAUGUCUUUAUGUUGGUUACCCAUCUUUGCAGGAAUGUCAGCUUGGUAUGUAGGGAUAAAUUUUUAUAACAGUACUUUAAGAAUGUUUAUAACAAAAAAAAAAAAAAAAAAAAAAAUUGAUGUGGAAUAUGUGGGCUGCUUUGCAUAGUAUGACAGCUUGUUAUUAAAUUGUCUUUUAUUAAGACAUCUUACGUAGUGUACUCCAUACUGAGCCGACACCCCAGUGAAGAGUGGUGGCCAAGACAAGAUGGACACAAAAAAAAUUGCACAGCUUAGAUGGUUUGACAUGAGAACUGAAGAUAAAAUUAUGUAAUAGGAAGGACAAGGAUAUGUGGGAAGACAAAGUACUAUCUUCUUGUAUACAAUACUUCACAUGAUUGGCAUGCAUAUACAACAGAUUCCACUGGUAGGAAAUCCCAUGACUGAAACAUAUUCAUAUAACAAGCUCUUUGUACCUUGUCUUUCAGGUUCAUGAAAAUAUGAUACAUGCAGGUUUGUAACUGUAUACAAAUAAAGAAAUACAAAAUCUUAA